CCCCUGACUCAAAGCUUUUCAUCAGCAGCACUGGAUGAGAAUUCUACAACUUCCUAGAACGUGGCAGCAUUCUACAACUUCCUGUAACGUGGCAGCAGUAUGGAUUUUGUGAUGAAACAAGCCUUAGGGGGGGCCACGAAGGACAUGGGUAAAAUGUUGGGAGGAGAGGAGGAAAAAGACCCCGACGCCCAGAAGAAGGAAGAAGAGCGACAAGAAGCCUUGCGCCAGCAAGAGGAAGAGCGCAAGGCAAAGCACGCCCGCAUGGAGGCUGAGCGGGAAAAGGUUCGACAGCAAAUCCGCGAUAAGUACGGCCUGAAGAAGAAAGAGGAGAAAGAGGCAGAGGAGAAGGCGGCACUGGAGCAGCCCUGUGAGGGGAGCCUGACACGACCCAAGAAAGCCAUCCCAGCAGGCUGUGGGGAUGAUGAAGAUGAGGAUGAGGAGAGCAUUCUGGAUACGGUGCUCAAGUAUCUGCCAGGUCCAUUGCAGGACAUGUUCAAGAAGUAGCCGCCAUACCAGCCCAAGUCCCACCCAGAGUUUCCUGGUGUUGCCAACUCAACACUUGGUUCAGGCUUUUGGGUGGUGAAGGGACUUUCUUUUGGGGUUUCA